UGGAUCCGAGGUCCCGCAGGACCCUGAGAGGUUCGGGGACUUGCCCGUCCAGCACGCCAAGAUGCCUGUCCUGACUGGAGAAGACUGGUGGGGGCUGAUGUGGGGAUUGAAGGCAGCUGACCCGGGAGCGCUAUUUAUUGCAUAUUUAUUGUUUGGAUGUCACCAUCAGAGAGGAAGGGAAGGGUGACGAGGGAGGGAUCCGGCCCAGCCCGCCUGCAGGAAGAUCUGACUCAGCUCCUGUGGGCGGGGACCCCCACCAAGCCAAGUUGAAUGGAACCAGCCAGCUGAAGCCUGACUUUUUUCAAUAAAACAUUGUGUACUUCUGGGCCUCCCGCUGCCCCAGCUCUGUUUCCUCUGGCACGGGGUAAGAAGGCGGAACUGAAUCCAGGCCCAGAGCCGGCUCCCUGACACUAUGCCCCUUUCCGGCAACCACUGGCCAGCCCCAUUGGCCAGGCUGUCCCUCCCACUGGCCCUGGGGCCCCUCCCACCCCCACUCCAGAUAAGGCCAGCCCAGGACCGCUUUACCGGGCACCAGGCACUAGGGCUGGAAUGGGGCCGCCCGGCUCCCCGCGGCAGUGGGUCCUGCUGCUGCUGGGGCUGCUGCUCCCCCCAGCCGCCCCCUUCUGGCUCUUCAAUGUGCUGUUCCCCCCGCACACCACGCCCAAGGCCGAGCUCAGUAACCACACACGGCCCGUCAUCCUCGCCCCAAUUCCUGCCUCAGUGUUUGGAGGCGCCAGAGGCUUGUCCUGAGGAGAAAUCCACCCCUUCUGUUCCUGUGUCUCCGAGGUGUCUUCCCCCAGUGCCUGGCUGCCUGGGGAAUCAGCUGGAAGCCAAGCUGGAUAAACCGAGUGUGGUGAACUGGAUGUGCUACCGCAAGACGGAGGACUUUUUCACCAUCUGGCUAGAUCUCAACAUGUUCCUGCCCCUUGGGGUAGACUGCUGGAUUGACAACACCAGGGUUGUGUACAAUCGCAGCUCUGGGAGGGUGUCCAAUGCUCCCGGUGUACAGAUCCGUGUCCCCGGCUUUGGCAAGACCUACUCUGUUGAGUACCUGGACAGCAGCAAGUUGGCAGGUUAUAUGCACACACUGGUACAGAACUUGGUCAACAAUGGGUACGUGCGGGAUGAGACAGUGCGGGCUGCCCCCUACGACUGGCGGCUGGAGCCUAGCCAGCAGGAGGAGUACUACCUGAAGCUUGCUGGACUGGUGGAGGAGAUGCAUGCUACAUAUGGGAAGCCUGUCUUCCUCAUUGGGCACAGUCUUGGCUGCCUGCACCUGCUCUAUUUCUUACUGCGCCAACCCCAGACCUGGAAGGACCGCUUCAUCGAUGGUUUCAUCUCUCUCGGGGCUCCCUGGGGUGGCUCCAUCAAGCCUAUGUUAGUCUUGGCUUCAGGUGACAACCAGGGCAUUCCAAUCAUGUCCAGCAUCAAGCUGAAAGAGGAGCAGCGCAUGACGACAACGUCACCCUGGAUGUUUCCUGCCAGGCAGACGUGGCCUGAGGACCACGUGUUCAUUUCCACCCCCAGCAUCAACUACACAAGCCGUGACAUGCAGCGCUUCUUUACAGACCUGCACUUUGAGGAAGGCUGGUACAUGUGGCUCCAGUCACGUGACCUGCUGGCAGGCCUCCCAGCACCUGGCGUGGAAGUGUACUGUCUGUAUGGCAUAGGCCUGCCCACGCCCAGCACCUACAUCUAUGACCACGGCUUCCCCUACACAGACCCUGUGGAUGUGCUAUAUGAGGAUGGUGAUGACACUGUGGCCACACGCAGCACCGAGCUCUGUGCCCGCUGGCAGGGCCGCCAGAAACAGCCCGUGCACCUGUUGCCUCUGCGUGGGACACAGCACCUCAACAUGGUCUUCAGCAAUCAGACACUGGAGCACAUCAAUGCCAUCCUGCUGGGUACCUACCGAAAUAGCACUGCUGUACCCCCGACUGCCAGCCCAAAGCCCAUGCCCCCUGAAUAAAGACAUUCCUUUGCUGUUAAAA